AUGAAAUCGCUAUACACCAGCAUCCUCCUUCUUCUCCUCGCCACAGCUACAUCAGCUAAAGAAAUUGUCUGUUAUGCGUGGUGUAAUCGCUUUCCUGACCGCAAGGACGCUUCCAACAGAGACUUGCCGUAUCGCAUCCCACGCCUCAUUUCUGAUACUGGAGUCUACCGCAAACUCGACUGUGCGGUAGUAGACUGCAGCCGUACCUGUAGACGAAGCCUAGAGGCUUGUAAGGUUGUCUGCGAUGGGAAUGAAGACCUGCCGCUCUGCGCUAUGCCUGAGACUGAAUCAGAAGGCAUGCCCGAAACCGAUUAA